AUGCAUCCUUUAUCGUUCAUGGUUACACAAUUACUUAUUUUCUUUUCGAUUAUUGGCCCUCUAACAUUUGGUCUACAAGCUACCGAUUUUUACGUCCGUGACUUACCACUUUUACCAAAAGGCGCUUCCUCUAUUCGUAUGCACGCUGGACUUCUACCUGUUGAUCUACAACAUCAUGGAUCUUUGUUCUUUUGGCAUUUUGAGAAAAAAUAUCUUAGUGACAAAUUAAGAACAGUCAUAUGGCUUAAUGGAGGUCCUGGUUGUAGUAGUCUGAUUGGAGCUUGGAUAGAAAUUGGUCCUUUUCGAUUUCAAAAUAAAAAUACCAUGAUCGAAAAUGAUGGAUCAUGGCAUUUGUAUACUGAUCUUCUGUUUGUCGAACAGCCUGCUGGUACUGGUUUUUCCACCAUUGGUACAAACUCAUAUAUUCAUGAACUUGAUGAGAUGGCUAAUCAAUUUCUUGUCUUUCUUGACCAAUACAUCAAGAUUUUUCCAGAAUUACUUGAAAAUGAUAUUUACUUAGCUGGUGAAUCUUAUGCUGGUCAGUAUAUUCCAUAUAUAGCGAAAGCGAUUCUAGAACAACGAUCAACAUUGAAAUUAUGUGGUCUUUUGAUUGGAAAUGGUUGGAUUGAUCCUGUCACCAUGUAUAAAUCAUAUUUACCAUUUGCAGUAGCAAAUAAUUUAGUCGUUAAGAAUUCUGCGCUUUAUGACCGUAUUAAUAUUCAAGUCAAACAAUGUGAACAGGUACUUUCCAAGCAGAUGCAUGUUUCCGAGGAAGCUUGUUAUCCUAUCCUCUGGGAGAUAUUAAUGAACGGUGCAAUGAAUAAUCACCAUGUAGGAAACCAAAAAGGUAGAUGUGUGAAUAUCUACGACAUCCGGCUAGAUGAUACAUUUCCACAGUGUGGUAGAAAUUUGCCGCCAGAGUCGAAGUAUUUUAUGUCUUACUUGCGUCGACAAGAUGUCAUGUCAAGCAUACACAUUAAUGAUAAGAAAGUGAGAUGGGCAGAAUGCUCGGAUUCUGUUUCAGAUACGUUUACAGCUAAUCAUUCUAAACCAUCGAUCACAUUCUUGCCUAAUUUACUUAAGCAAAUUCCAAUUAUUCUAUACAGUGGUCAAUAUGACUUGAUCUGUAACCAUCAGGCGACGGAAGCAAUGAUUGAUAGUAUGACAUGGAAUAAAGGGACUGGUUUUGAUUUUGGUAAUGGGACAUUCUCUCCAAAAGAGCUGUGGAUUGUGGAUGGUGAAUCUGCUGGUCUCAUUCGAAGUGCACGUAAUUUAACUUACAUUCUUUUCUAUGGUGCCAGUCACAUGGUACCCUAUAACUAUGCACGUCGAUCACGUGUUAUGUUACAUCAGUUUAUACAGUUGGAUCUAAUCUCAUUUCCUGAUACAACAACGAGAAAGAACACAGAAGAGUCUACUCGAUCAACACGUCACGUCGCUUUUAUUAUAUUGAUUGUUAUCAUUGUGAUUCUAGCACUGACUGGUCUUAUUCGUUUUUUUGUACACAAACGAGAUCCUACCAGACUAUCGACACCACUCAGUAUUUUUCGUGUGCUUCGAUCAAAAAUUCGUAAUGUUGAGCAACAACAAUGGGCGAUGUACUCACGCUUGAACGAUUCUAAUGUAGAUUUGGAUGUCGUAGAUAGUGAAACUUUUGUAUGA